AUGGCCGACCAACAGCCCCCAGCCGCUGCCCCCGCGGGCGAGAGCGCCGACAAGACACACACGGACCCCGUGACGGGCGAGAAGAUCUCCAAGAGCGAGCUGAAGCGGCGGCAGAAGCAGCGCGAGAAGGACGAGAAGAAGAAGGAGAAGGAAGCUGCGUUGCCCGCGCGGCCCAAGAAGGAAGGCAAGAAGGACGAUGUCGAGGAGCUGAACCCCAACCAAUACUUUGAGAUCCGCUCCAACAAGAUCAACGCGCUGCGGGCCUCCAAGCAGCCCAACCCCUACCCGCACAAGUUCCACGUCAACUACAAGAUCGCCGACUAUGUGCGCGACUUCUCGCACCUCCAGAAGGGCGAGACGGAGCCCGACAAGGAGAUUCGCAUCGGCCUGCGCGUCAUCACCCAGCGGUCCGCGUCCAAUGCGCUGCACUUUUAUGUUUGCAAGGCAGAGGGCACCACGAUCCAGGUCAUGUGCCAGCUGCAGGAGUCCAAGGCCGACACGCCCUUUGAGAAGCAGCACGAGAACAUCCAGCGCGGAGACAUCAUCGGCGUCAUUGGCUUCCCCGGCCGGACGAGCCCCAAGAAGGGUGGCGAGGGCGAGCUGAGCAUCUUUGCGCGCGAGGUCAUCCUGCUCACCCCAUGCCUGAGGAUGUUGCCGACCGAGCACUUCGGCUACAAGGACCAGGAACAGCGCCACCGCAACCGCUACCUCGAUCUGAUCAUGAACGACUCGACACGCAACACCUUCAUCACCCGCUCCAAGAUCGUCAAGUACGUGCGCAAGUACCUCGACGAGCGCGACUUCUUGGAGGUGCAGACGCCCAUGAUGAACAAGAUCGCCGGCGGUGCCACGGCCAAGCCCUUCAAGACGUACCACAACGAGCUUGACAUGGAGCUGUUUCUGCGUAUUGCGCCUGAGCUGUACCUCAAGGAGCUGGUCGUAGGAGGUCUGGAGCGUGUGUACGAGAUGGGCCGCCAGUUCCGCAACGAGGGCAUCGACCUGACGCACAACCCCGAGUUCACCACCUGCGAGUUCUACAUGGCCUACGCCGACUACAAGGACGUCAUGGACAUGACAGAGGAGAUGGUCAGUGAGCUGGUCAAGGAGGUCACUGGCAGCUACGAGACGACUUUCCACACACAGAGCGGCGAGGAGUACAAGGUCAACUGGGCACGACCAUGGCGCAAGGUCGAGAUGAUUCCCGCGCUCGAGGAGGCUGUUGGCGAGAAGUUCCCCCCAGCGAACGAGCUGCACACCGCUGAGACCAACGAGUUCCUUAAGCGCGUGCUCAAGAAGGUCAAGGUCGACUGCUCAGAACCCCGCACCAACGCGAGGAUGAUUGACAAGCUGGUCGGCGAGUUUAUCGAGGAGACUGCCAUCAACCCUACUUUCAUCGUCGGUCACCCUGAGGUCAUGUCGCCACUCGCCAAGUACCACCGCGACAUUCCCGGUCUGUGCGAGCGGUUCGAGGCAUUCGUUUGCAAGAAGGAGAUUUGCAACGCCUACACCGAGUUGAACGACCCCUUCGACCAGCGCCUGCGAUUUGAGGAGCAAGCGAACCAGAAGGACCAGGGUGACGAGGAGGCCCAGCUCAUCGACGAGACUUUCUGCCAGUCUCUCGAGUACGGCCUACCACCCACCGGUGGCUGGGGCAUGGGUAUCGACCGACUGGUCAUGUUCUUGACAGACAACUACAGCAUCAAGGAGGUGCUCACCUUCCCCUUCAUGAAGGACGUGGUUGAGGAGAAGUCCAAGACCGCUGCAGAGGUCGUCGACGUUACACCCAAGCCUGAGGAGGGCAUUCCAUUGUUGGCGUAUGAGACAGGAUAG